CUUACCAUAGACGUUCAGUGUGUGGGAGUACUCUGUAGCUUCCCAUCGACAGUGUGAGACAGACCUUACUGAAAAUGCUAAAGAUAUCGUGGCUGGUGGUGGUAGUGGCUGUGGUGGUGUUGGUGGCGGAUGCAGGUGACGGACGUCAACAUUCCUCCUUCAAUAUGGUUGGAUCAUCCUGGCAUCAAGACUCGUCCAAAUCCUUUCAUCUUCCCAAUAUGACCAGUGAAAACUUGCCCAACAACACCAACAACUACGUUAACAACAGCGACAACCACGUCACCAGUCUCUGGUACCACGACAACUUCUACAGUUUAACAGACAAAAACGGUACUAUCCAUAAGUUGUUGAACAAAAGCAUCGGCACAGGCAUCCUGGACAAGGCGUUGGAUUACUUGUUUAACAAGCUGGGUACAAGCUACGGCGGCGGGCAGGAUGAUGCCCACCUGGGCCACCACCGACUUACUCCCACCUGGCAUCAGAAGAGUGAAGAAGUGGAAGACGAUGGUUACUACGGACGCAGCUACAGGAGUUAUCAAGAUGGUAACUCGUAUUUAAGUAUGAGAAAUACUCGUGUGUGUAAGAACUCCCUGGGUAUCGUCCUUGGAAAUUGUCUCAAUAUUCAAACCACCUUCGCUAUCGCCGCCUUGGCCAUCCUCCUUCAGUUGGCCAUGUCCUACACAGUCUCCUCCCUUUGCUCCGACGACGGCGACAACGACAUACCAGCUGUUAGAAACAAAAACUAUAUCAAUAUUACUAUAUCGGAAGGAAGUCAAACUCAGAAUCAGGAUCAGGAACAGGAACAGGAUCAAUAUCAGUACCAAGACCAGAGUCAAUAUCAGUACCAAGAGCAGAGUCAAGAACAGAGUCAAGAGCAGUAUCAAGAACAAUCUCAGGAUCAGGAGCAAUAUCAAUCUCAGUAUCAAUAUCAAUCUGCUCCUAGAGCCCUAGACGGUCGGAAUUCACGACGCCGUCGUUCAGAUCAGCUCGAAGACGGAGGGGAAAUAUUUGACUAUGAGGAUCUGUAUGAUGACCUCGACCAUGAUCUGUUUCCAAUAAAGAAGAAACCUACAGGGCCAUCACGUGAUCGUCUUAGUCUGUCAUCUCAGAGUAAAGAUAAAGACCAGCAAGAAGGUCAGAGUCACAGAGGAUUUGACCUACUGACUCCGCUGACAGAAUGGUUAAUGUGGCCGACGUGGCAGACAAUGUUCCGGAACUUUAGGGAGUCUCGCCUUUUAUUGAAUUCAAAUUAUUGUUCAGGACUUAGAUCAUUUGUCAGUGGUUAAGUCUUAUUGUGUGUUAUUACCGUCAUUGUCAGAAUACAGAGGCUGAUGAAGGUGUGUCGUCUUCACGCACUGUGUUGUACUUGCUGGUAUAUAACGUAUUUGCUUUUCUUUGCAUAGUUAUCUUAUGUAUUGGGUCCUGAGCUUCUUAUCAUUUUGAUCUAAAUGUUUAAAUAAUCAUUUCUUAGAGAUAAUAUUUUAAUGUAUACUGUUAGCAUAAGGAGCUUGGAGUUAUUCACGCAAUAUUGUAUUAAUGUUAU